AUGGAUGCGACAGACUGCGGAAUAGGUGGUUCUGUAUCGACAAAAACCACAACAUGUUACAAGCGUGGUCACGGGGCGGGGAGACGCAACGAGGCGCCAUCCACACGGCCUCAGGCGCCCUCCCGACGGCGUCCACGGGAGGCCGAGAGUGGAUGGCGCGCCUUGCGCUCUCGAUGCGAUAACGCACCCGCGACGCUAGCGACGGAAAAUCGAACGAAAGAAGAAGGAGGAAAUUGCGACUGCUUCAGAACGGAAAGACGAGAGCGGUCUUAUAAGGUGACUGUACUACCAAAACUGCAAUACUGUCGCGUGGUGAGCAGAGAGUGUUGCGGGGCGGACGGCGCGGCGUACACGUCGGACGCGGUGGAGAGGCACUUGUGCAGUUUGCGGGUACCUUGCGACCGCGAGCGCCGCACCCGAGCCCCGCCCGCCGCCGAGCCCGCUACCGCUCCCGCGCCCGCGCAGCCCGCGCCACCGCCGCAGCCGCCGCCCGGCCCGUUCAUCUACAACACAACACACCGACCCGACCUCACCACCAGGCGCUCGGUUCGUUUGCGCGGCUUCUACGCGUCGGUUAGAUGGCAUCCUACUGAAAUUUUACUGCCUACCUACGAAGAAUUCCCAUCGUCUAUGGUUAGCGACAUGAAGUAA